UAGCUCCCCGUUCCAACCCUUCCUCACCCUGUCCCCCUCACUCCCUUUGCCCCCUUCCUUCUGUCCAGGUUCCCUUGACCUCUGGCUAUUUUUCCUUCCUUUUCUCUGCUCCUUCUUUGGAGAUUUGGCAGUGAGGGGUUGCGACCAUGCCCCCCACAAGCCCAGAGCUACAAGGAUGGGAUCUGAGUGGUCAAGGCUGCGUGUUGGCUCACAUAUGUGCACGUGGAUAUGUGUCACAUGUAGGUGGGAGCAGGGCUAAGAGCAGGUGAGUGCUUGCCAUGUGGGUCAGGCCCCCGGGAUACGUGGACAUCUGCUGAGGGGGGGUGUGGUUGUGAAUGGUGUGGUGUGACUCUGGUCGGUAUGUGUGUCUGUCUCCAUAUGGGCUAAGUGCUUGAAUUAGUCAAGUGUGACUCGGAGCGUGUGUGUGUGUGUGUAUGUGUGUGUGUACGCGCGUGUGUGCCACGAGAGGAAGCAGCAGCAAGAGGCAGGAGAAUCGAUCCGAAGGAGACAGCGCGGGGAGGGGGACGCUAGGGGCAGACACCCUCCCUUCUGCGCGCACACACGCGCGCGCGCACACACACCACACACAGAGUCACACACACAAGCCAUAGGGCCUCGGAGGCAGGGAGACGGCUCCGGGACUGGAGAGAGGCAGCGCCUCCGAAAGCGGCCGCGAGGAGGGGCGAGGCGGCGCGGGGAGCCCUGGGUCCCGCUCCCGGGUCCGGGGCCCCGCGCGCACACCGGCCCGGAGACAGCCUCGCAGACACUCGUAGGCGCGCACGCGCACCCUCUCCCCUCCCCCUUCCCUCCCCCUCCCCUCCCGCCGCCUCCCGGCCGGACGAUGGAUCCCUGCAGAUCCCAGGGCUGAGAGCACCGCGCAUCGCGCCGAGCCCGGGCACACCGAGCCGAGGCGAGGGAGCUAGCGAGCCAGCGCGCGCGGGCGGGCGGACAGAUCGGAGCCGAGCGGGGCCGGGCGGGCCGCUCCCUGCAGGGCUCUGCGCGGCGUGCCGCGGCGGCCGCGGGCUCCGGCCCCGGGCCAUGAGCCCCUCCGCGACUCGGCGCUGAGCCCGCGACCGGUCCAGCGCCCCAGGACCCGCCGCCGGCCGCCGGCUUGCCGAAGCCCCCUCAGGAUCCCCUCGACAAGGAUGGAACUGAAGGCCGAGGAGGAGGAGGUGGGUGGCGUCCAGCCGGUGAGCAUCCAGGCCUUCGCCAGCAGCUCCACGCUGCACGGCCUGGCCCACAUCUUCUCCUACGAGCGGCUGUCUCUGAAGCGGGCACUGUGGGCCCUGUGCUUCCUGGGCUCGCUGGCUGUGCUGCUGUGUGUGUGCACGGAGCGUGUGCAGUACUACUUCCACUACCACCAUGUCACCAAGCUCGACGAGGUGGCUGCCUCUCAGCUUACCUUCCCUGCUGUCACGCUGUGCAACCUCAACGAGUUCCGCUUUAGCCAAGUCUCCAAGAAUGACCUGUAUCAUGCCGGGGAGCUGCUGGCCCUGCUCAACAACAGGUAUGAGAUACCAGACACACAGAUGGCAGAUGAAAAGCAGCUGGAGAUACUGCAGGACAAAGCCAACUUCCGCAGCUUCAAACCCAAACCCUUCAAUAUGCGUGAGUUCUACGACCGAGCUGGGCACGACAUUCGAGACAUGCUGCUCUCCUGCCACUUCCGGGGGGAGGUCUGCAGCGCCGAAGACUUCAAGGUGAAGCCCAUGCAGGUGGCAAAGGAGCUCAGGCGAUGCACUCUACCAGGAACAGUUUUCCAGGGCACACAGAGGGCAAGAAAGGGCGAGAAACAGGUCUUCACACGCUAUGGAAAGUGCUACACGUUCAACUCGGGCCGAGAUGGGCGGCCGCGGCUGAAGACCAUGAAGGGUGGGACGGGCAAUGGGCUGGAAAUCAUGCUGGACAUCCAGCAGGACGAGUACCUGCCUGUGUGGGGGGAGACUGAUGAGACGUCCUUCGAAGCAGGCAUCAAAGUGCAGAUCCAUAGUCAGGAUGAACCUCCUUUCAUCGACCAGCUGGGCUUUGGCGUGGCCCCAGGCUUCCAGACCUUUGUGGCCUGCCAGGAGCAGCGGCAGCUCAUCUACCUGCCCCCGCCCUGGGGCACCUGCAAAGCUGUCGCCGUGGACUCGGAUCUGGAUUUCUUCGACUCCUACAGCAUUACUGCCUGCCGCAUCGACUGUGAGACGCGCUAUCUGGUGGAGAACUGCAACUGCCGCAUGGUGCACAUGCCAGGGGAUGCCCCAUACUGUACUCCAGAGCAGUACAAGGAGUGUGCAGAUCCUGCUCUGGACUUCCUGGUGGAGAAGGACCAGGAGUACUGCGUGUGUGAAAUGCCUUGCAACCUGACCCGCUAUGGCAAGGAGCUGUCCAUGGUCAAGAUCCCCAGCAAAGCCUCAGCCAAGUACCUGGCCAAGAAGUUCAACAAAUCUGAGCAAUACAUAGGGGAGAACAUCCUGGUGCUGGACAUUUUCUUUGAAGUCCUCAACUAUGAGACCAUUGAACAGAAGAAGGCCUAUGAGAUUGCAGGGCUCCUGGGUGACAUCGGGGGCCAGAUGGGGCUGUUCAUCGGGGCCAGCAUCCUCACGGUGCUGGAGCUCUUUGACUACGCCUACGAGGUCAUUAAGCACAAGCUGUGCCGACGAGGAAAAUGCCAGAAGGAGGCCAAAAGGAGCAGUGCGGACAAGGGCGUGGCCCUCAGCCUGGACGACGUCAAAAGACACAACCCGUGCGAGAGCCUCCGGGGCCACCCUGCCGGGAUGACAUACGCUGCCAACAUCCUACCUCACCAUCCGGCCCGAGGCACGUUCGAGGACUUUACCUGCUGAGCCCUGCAGGCUGCUGAACCAAAGGCCUAGAUGGGGAGGACUAGGAGAGCGAGGGGGCCCCCAGCUGCCUCCUCAUAUCUGCCCUGGGGACUCCCCACGCUCCGGGGCAGAUCUUUCCUCUUGUCUGUGGUAAGGAAGGAGGAGUCUUAACCAUAGAGUCCUCUCCCUGCCUCUAUCCCAUUCUUUUUACGUUUAACAAAACUAAUCUAAAAAAGAACUAAAAAGGGAGAACGGGGCAAGGGGCCGCAGGCUGCCCCUGUCUCCUCCAUGCUGCCUCCCCUAGCUCCCAGCCUGAAUUCUAUCUAGCUGUCUGCCAUCUGAGUGUCCAUCUACAUUCUGCUGCCACCAGUCACCAAAGGCCCUUCCCAGUGAGGGGUGGAAGGGAUCUCUGGGGUCUGGAAUUUGGCCCCAAGCCAGAGAAUGUACCUUAAGGGGGAGGGCUAGUGUGGGGGGAGGGAGGCUUCCCCAGCCUUAAGAGACCCUCUCAGCCCAGUGACUGUCCCCAAACCCAAGUCUCCUGGCAGGAACUAAAACCUCAGCCCCACUCUCUCACACCAUGUGGAAUCUCGUAGGGGUCGGGGAUCCCCUUAAGAAGUGGUAAUGGGGACGGCCGGGCGCGGUGGCUCACGCUUGUAAUCUCAGCACUUUGGGAGGCCAAGGCGGGCGGAUCACGAGGUCAGGAGAUCAAGACCACGGUGAAACCCCGUCUCUACUAAAAAAAUACAAAAAAUUAGCCGGGCGUGGUGGCGGGUGCCUGUAGUCCCAGCUACUCGGAGAGGCUGAGACAGGAGAAUGGCGUGAACCCGGGAGGCAGAGCUUGCAGUGAGACGAGAUUGCGCCACUGCACUCCAGCCUGGGUGAGAGCACGAGACUCCGUCUCAAAAAACAAAAACAAAAACAAAGAAGUGGUAAUGGGGACAAGAUGCGGCCCUGGUGCUGUAGGCUACAUCCUGAUACCUAUAAGUUCACCCCCACCCCACAGCUGCUGGAGAGAAAUCCCAAGAGGCAGCCCUUCCUCACCAUCCCAUAAAAGACCUGGCUGGUUAGCGUCCAGCUCAGGGAGAAGGGUGCUGGUGCCUAACCUCACUGGUCCCUCUCCCGGAGGCCCUUGUAGAGGGCCAUGUCCAUAAAUUCUCUUAUGGAACUCUUCCACAUCCUCUUCCCCAACUUCAUUUGCUUCUCUCAACAACCUCAUCUGCAUUUUCUAUUUCUAUAUGAUACAGACUCUAUAUUGCUAUAUCUCUGUAUAUACUUUCCCCAGCCCUGUCUGUCUCCACCCCAUCCCCUCUUGUCUCUGAGAACCAUUCUCCCACCCCAAGUUCCACCUUCUAUGUUUCUGCCCCCUCCCUGGUCUCUGAAUGCCUUCGCCUGUAUAAAGAGUUGAACUCUCUCCCCUGGUGUCUGUACUGUGUACACACAUCCCUCUGAGAAGCACAAGGAGACGACACGCGCAUUGUAACCUUUGCACUGUCUCAGUGGCGACAAAGGAAGCUGUGAAUCACAAGCUCUGCCUCUUUCUGGCCUCACCUUCUCCCCCAACCUGGGCACCCUUGGCCCUCCCUGCAGCCUUAACAUUCUCUUCCCCUGCUCCUCCUAUCCCAUUGCCCUUUGCCCAGCUGACAGUGGCAUCCCCAGGGAAGGGGUUGCUUUAGAGAUAGCCCCCACCCAGGGGAUGGAGGUCUACCCUGGACACUAAGCCAAGUGUGUCAGAGACAGAAGGGAGCUGGGGAUUGGCGACCCCUGAAGUUGGGGCAGUGGGAUGCUGACAGGCAGAAGCUGAGGUCCUCAGUCAGUGGCCUUUCCUCCUUCUGGGUGCCCAGCCCCCUUUCCUCACCUGAUACCCAAGCCUACCACUUUUAUUUUCUGGUGAGGUGGGUUUGGGAGGAAAGAGAGGCCUACAGGAGGAGUUGAAAGCUCUGCUGUUGUCCCACCCUAUCUUAAUGAGAGAGAAGUGAGGUGGAGGGCCUGCCCCCUCCCUCCACCAGACACUCCUUCCAGGCCUGAGCCCCAACCCCUCUCCGGGCCUUCCUUCCCUAGCUGUGUCUUGGUCUUCAAUCCCAGAACAGGACCUGUGAGCAGGUCACCUGUGCAUUGACCUGGAGCUGGAGAGUAAGGCUGUCGGAUCUUUGGAAUCUCUUGGUUCCUAGGAGUUUCCCCAGAGAUCAUACCUCCCCAGAGGGAAGCAGGAAUGAGGCCAAAAAGUGUGCAUUGGAUAGGGGAACAGCAGGCAGGGCUCUGGGUGACGCAUGCCUCUGGUCUAAUAAACUGGGUUUCAACCAUC